GCAACACUGCAACAAAGUUGUCUCAUCAAAAUCUCACAUUUUUUGAAGAAAAAUUUCACCAAACUUUCAAAUUUUGCACAGAAUUUUCGAAUAUUCGAAUAUAAAGAGUUCAUUUUCAUCGUCAUAAAGGAAUUCCCAGAAAAAAGAAGCAAUUUUUUCAAUAACCCAUUUGAUUUCAGCUCUAAAUUUCUCCUAUACAUCUCAGUUUGUUGAAAAGGGACCUCUGGUAUCAUCAUUGGGCUAAACUUCUGCAUUGUUAUCAAUCAUGAAGUACCUGGAAUAUACCCCUCUUGAUCGGAUAAAUGAUUUUCUGAGUCAUGUGAAUCUUGGAGAGCGAACCAUUAAAGGAUGUCUCGAAGCGUACUCUUGUAAACACACUGGAACAGACAAGAAAUUAUCGCUUAGCUUGGAGAAUGAGAUUUUUGAUUAUCUUGGAAAAUCUUCAGAUGCUGAUUCUUCUUCACCUGUUGAAUAUCUAAUGUGUAGAUCCAGCCGGAAAACGUUGAUAUAUCUACUCCUUUCUCUCUAUCACAUGUAUCCAGAUUAUGACUUCAGUGCAGUGAAUGCUCACCAGUUUUUCACUGAAGAGAGCUGGGACAGUUUUAAGCAGAUAUUUGAUGUCUACAUGUUUGAGGCUUCAAAGGAAUGGCUUGACGCAAAUGAAGGCAGUGCUCUGCUUGAAACCUUGUACAAGGCUUUAGAUGAGGUUGUAAAAGUUGCUGAAUGUGAAAUCUACACUUACAAUCCGGAGGCAGAUGCAGAUCCAUUUCUCGAGAAGGGAGCCAUAUGGUCUUACCACUUUUUCUUCUACAAUAGAAGAUUGAAACGUGUCGUGAGUUUCCGCUUCAGCUGUGUGAGUAACUUGGUUAGUGAAGGACACCUAUUAGACGACUCAAGUUUUGAUGAAGACGGAGAGAUAUUCGAUGGUAUGGACAUGUGAAUACAACAAUUUGUUCAUAGCACGUUGUUAGUGUCGUAAAUCCUUGUAUCGAAUUAGUGGUGUACAAUUUGACAGUAGGUACUGAAACUACUAUAUAUAUCGUAAAUAAGCAAUCAUCCUUGUAUCGUUUAGAGGGUUGAGGUAGCGACUGUCGCGCUGCUUCGUGAUCAGUUAUGUAUUUUCUGUACUCUGUGAUGAAGAUUUUUUCAAGUUAUGGUUGGCUGUUGCCCCUAUUCUUAUGAAGCUCUUUGUGUGUA